CUUUUUGCGAAUACAGACUAACACGGCUGUUACUCUGAAACCUGUUAUUACUUGAGAAUUUCAUUGAAAAAGGAGUAACUUUAUAGCCCUCAGGGUUGGGGAGAAAAGCUUGAAAACUCGACCUCUAAAUGUCCCCAAACCAGAAGGCAAGUGCAAAGAAUCCCAAAUAUAUUAGUGUUAAAAUCUCCUAAUUUUUAAACCAGUUUCAUAAUUUGGGGCCUGUCUUGUGAUUUUUCAAUGUUUGCAUUGGCAAUGGAACCAGACUCCUGACGGCGAUCAGUAUGUUUAACACCAUGUCCUCUAGUCCGGCUCAGAAUCCCACGGGGUAGAGUAGGGUGACCCAGACAGUAGGUGUGAAAAAUCAGGACACUUUUUUCUGGGGGGGUGGGGAUGUUUACAAUUCCAUAUCUAAGACAAAGCCCCUAAUAAUGGGAUGACUGGUCACCCUAGGGUAGAGAACAUGGGUGACUGCAAAAGUCUGGCCUGCUCCAGACACCAGUGGAGCAGCUCUGGUGGAAAACCAGUGCCCUGCCCACACGCCCAUGGCGAGUCAGCGGCAGACCUGGGAAUGGAACCCAGGCGUCCUGACCCCGAUCAGACAAGCCCACCUGCUCAGGGGCAGGUUCGUGCCCCUUCCUACCUAGCUGGCUGCAGUUCGAUGGGACACCAGGAUUUUGCCCAUCACCCAGGUUAAUGACCUCGGCGUGGGAGGGGCUGUUGCGAGCCCUGCCCCUCCCUCCCAGGCCGGGCUCACAGGGGCCCAUGCGAGCGCAGCGGGGAUCCUGCCCUGGCCAUGGAACCUUCUCACUCCGGGCCCGCCCCCAGCUGCCUGGAUACCGCCUGCCUAGCAACGAGGGACGCAGCCGCUGGGAUGGCGACGGCGGUGGCACCGCAGGAGGAGCCGGGGCAGAGCAAAGUGCGACUGGAGAUGAAGACAGAGACUAAAGGGCUGUUCCCGACUGCUGUGUCCAAAGAGGAUCUCCGGGAGAGAUCCCUGCAACAGAUCUUUGGGUCCAGCCAGACUCUGCGAGACAUCAAGGACCCCAGCGGAGUGAAGUCCCCGACAGCGAUUGUGCAGAAAAAGAUACAGGAGCACUGUCAGAGAGGGAAGGCAUUCUUCUCCCAAGGCGAGUGGGAGAAAGCUGUCAUUUGUUAUUCCAAAGCCAUUAACCUGAACCCCCAACAGGUGGAGUUCUAUGUACAGAAGGCAGAAGCCUUUCUCAAGCUCUGUGAUUUCCAGUCUGCUGUGCUGAACCUCAGAAAGGCAUAUUCCUUGUCCUCUGCAAAGGAAGAAUAUGUAGAGCGCAUGGCCUUCAUUCUUUACCUGCAGGGCCAGUCUCUGUUUGACCAAGAGGUCUAUGGGGAUGCUUUAGAGUCCUUCACUCGAGCCUCAGAACUGCAGCCUGACAACUCAGUCUAUCGCAGGAGGAGCAUUUCCUGUCUUGCUGCCCUGAACAGAUACCAUGACUGUUUUCGGCUCGUCAAUGAAGAGCUAGAUCAGGACUCAAAGAACCCAGAUCUGUACAUCCUGAGAGCCAAGCUGAAUGAGCACUUCAGUCGGGCUGUCUUGUGUUACCAGGACAUCCAGGAGGCCAUUGCGCUGGAGCCGCAGCACAAAGAAGCUCAGGUUCAAAUGCAGAGGCUGCUGAAACGAGCACAGAAAGCCAAGAACCAGGCUAUGAAUAAGGCCUUGAAGGGAAACUUGAAGGAUGCCCUGCUCAAAAUCACCUUUGCCAUAGAGAACAGCCCCUUUGAUGCAGGAUACUUAAUCUUCAGAGGGACUCUACACAGAAGGCUCAAAGACUUCAACUCAGCCAUUGAUGAUUACAUCAAGGCCACAGAGCUCUGUGAAGAAGAGGGAGCUGUGGCCAUGGAGGCGCAACGGCAGCUCCUGCUCACGUACAACGACUUUGCAGUGCACUGCUAUACUCAGGGCUUCUUCGAAGAGGCGCUGCUGCUCCUCAACAAAGCCCUGAAAGGGGAGAAGAACGAGAAGGGACUCUAUGUCAACAGAGGAGACUGCCUCUUCCGGCUGGGAGAGCUCACCUUUGCCUUGGCGGAUUAUCAGCAGGCGCUGGAAUUGAGUCCGAUGGACUUUAGUUUGCGAAGACGCGUUGGUAUGUUGCUGGAUGAACUAGGAUUGCAGGAGCACAAGCAGGGAAAGUACCAGCAGGCAGUAUACUGUUUCUCUGGUGCUAUCGAGAGCAACCCUCGCCUGCCGCACUAUUACCUGCACCGGGCCAAGAGCCGCCUGUUCCUGCAGGAUGUGAUGAGUGCUAAGGAGGAUGUGAUCAUAACUCUGUUGCUGGACCCUGAAAAUGAGGCGCAGGUCCUACCUGUUGUAACCAGCCUCUUUCCAGGACAGCCCAUCCAGGAUAUUAUAAGCAGCAAGAUUGCGGAGGUUGCCAGAACAAUCUUGGAAAGAAAGCUUCAAGCCUGCCCCUACUCCAACAGCCCAGCUAAACUCCAAUGGCCACCCGGAGCUAUAGAGGAUGAACCAAAGAAACCAGGUGCUCAGAGGGAAGAGCCCGAGAGAGCCCUGAAGGAUUCAGAGAGCAUCAUCAGCCCUUGUGCCACGGAACAAGAACUGUACAAGCAGAUAGCUAUCUCCAGAAGGAGAGUGAAUAAAUUUUAAUGGUCUCCUGAGCAACUCCUUGGGUUUUUAAACAAAGGGACAUACGUGGCAGAGAAAACAGAUGCCAGUGCUCUCUUGGUGUUUAACUUUGACAGAGAGCAGCUGAGACGUCACCAUUCCCUACUCCAGCUACCCCCACUGAGGAUGCAUGGUACUUCUUAUAGUUGAGUAUGGCCCUUUCACUGGUCUUUUACACCAGAGGAAGACCACUGCUUUUGUUUUCCAUCAUUAGACAGUAGAUAUUUCUCCAUGUCCCUACUUGAGUUCGUUUUGUCAGGUCAGGCAGCUGUUCCAAUGCAUUAUGCAGGCUCAUAGAUAACUGGGAGUUUAGAAAGGAGGUAAGUGACUGCUUCUCAUGCAUGUUUUUUCAACAGAUU